CGCGGACAGCCUUGUCUCUCUCGUAAAAAAGAGUCGUGUGCUUGGCCGGAGCCAAGGCAAGUUAAAAACGGUGCGGUUGGCGUUCAAUGUCGCGAAGUCGUCGACUGUCUUGAUCGAGUUGGACGGACGGUCGUGCGAUCUCGCUGCCAUCCGACCGGCAGGAACAUGAAAUCGAAACCCAACCACUUUCCCGAGAACGCCGCAAAUUCGUCCACGUGUCGCAGUCGUCGAAAUCCGUACCGUGUCGCAGUAACAACGCCGAGCCAACGACCACAAUAAUGAGCCAAACGACGGCGAAGAUUCAAACGUCAGAAAACGAGGAAUCCAUCAGCGUCACCGAGAAGAGUGCAAUGUCAAGCCCAGGUACCAAGAGUGUUCCUCCGAAGAACAGAAGCCCGAUGUGUCAUCCAGCGCGCAAUUCGAUUCAAGGAGAAUCUAAUUCCACAGAAGAUGGACCCGCGACCACUAAGCCACAGAGUGCUCGAAUUCCGGUCGCACGGACAGCCGGGAAAUCAUCCGUCAGUCCGCAAAAGAGGCCGACUAUGAGUAGUCUGCCUUCUGGAUCCACGCUCAGACCCGAGAAUCAAUAUACGAUGAAAAAGAAACGAUUUCAAGUGCUAAAGAAAGAGUUGACAGACAAACAGAAAAUCGCCCAAGAACUGUACAACGACAUGACCCAGCUACGGGAGAAAUUGGUCGCUAAUGGGAAGGACCCGGGCAAACCCGAGACUAUAAAAAUCGAAAUCGGGUCUCCUAAACAAUUCCAGCCUGCCGAUAUAACUCUCCCUACCGAGCCAGUCGACUUACAAGUCGAGAAGUUGACCAUCGGCAAGGAGCUACUCGAGUCCUUGGGGGAUCGGUUAAGAGCUAUACCGAAGAAGUCGCGGAAACUUUGCCAAGAGCUUUUGGAGAAGCAAUCGGAUUUCGUAACCUUCGUCACUUCGCAUCUGAUAACUGCCAGCAGGGAGGGACCCGAGUCGGGCGCGCUGAACUACGAGGUGACCAAGCAGCUGGAAGCUCAUCAGAGGGAUUACGAUACUCUUCGCUCGCGACUGAGCGAGGUCGACGAGACAGAGGAGGAAGCGAUCGCGCAGUUGACGAGGAGCGUUCAGCACCUGAUCGACGAGUACGAGCGUUCCAGGGUGAAGAUAAUGGAGAUCAACGCGGCCGAGGCGCAGAAAGAGUUGCAGAUGCAGCUGCACACCGCUAUGGAGGAGAUGCAGGUGGAGAGGGAUAAGAACAAAGAGAGCAAGGAACGGCUCCGACAGACAGAAACGCUGCUGCAGAAGUCGAAAGCGAAAAUCCGGGAGCUGGAGACGCAAAUGACGAACGACAAAGAGAAGAUCCUGUCGCUUCAGACGAGUCUGAAGAAUUUGGAGGGCCAGAUGAAGCAGAAGGAGUUGGCCGUAGAGGCGAAAUUGAAGGAUAUGCAAAAGGCGAUGAAGAACAGCGAGGAUUUGGUGUUGAAGGUGGAGAAACAAAGGGACACUUUCGAAACACGAUUCGUGGAAUUGAGGGAGAAAAUGACCAUAAAAGAGAACGAGACGAUGGGCACUAUCAAGGAAUUAUCUGAGAGGCUAAACUCUGUUACCACGGAUGUUGGAGUGGAGAGAGAGAAAAGACUGCAAGCUGAGGAGGAGUACAACGAGUUGCAGGAACGGUAUAAAAAUCUCGAAGUGAAGAGUCAACAACUGUGCGAGCUCGCGGAGAAGAACAAAGAGUUCACCGUCACUGAGGGAAGCCAUACGGAGAACGAGAUGAGGCUGUUCAACGAGCUGCAGGAGACCAGGGAUGAGCUGCAGAGGCAGAGGCAGGAGGUGUUACAGCUGCAGCAAGAGAAGGAAGAGAUCGUCGCAGUGAUGCAUCAAGCGGCCAGCCGCGAAGAAGACGACGACUCGAGGGAGAAGCUGGCCGCGGAAUUGGUGUUCAAGUCUAACGAGCUACAAAACCUAGUGAUGGAGCAUACGGAAUUGAAAAAGGUUGCAAAAAACGCCCAAGAAAAAAAUGGGAUCUUAGAAAGACAGUUGAUCGAGAUUCAGAACAGGCUCCAUUCUCAGUCUAUGGAGGGUGGAAAAGCUGGGUUAAGCGCUCAUGCGAUUGAGCUACAACAAGAGGUCUCCGAUCUUCGCAAUAAUUUGACGGAAGUAGUUCAGCAGAAGGAGGAAUUAGAGACGGCGCUGACACAGAAGCAAUUGGAGUUGGAGCAGCGCGAUCGUGUGAUGCGCGAACAGAGCAAGUUCCUGAAAGUCAGGGACGAGUUGCUCGACAUUCUGAAAGGAAAAGUGCAGCAACAGGAAAACGGUGAACUGUCGAACAUUGACGGGAACAACGAAUACCUUGACCAGGUUCAUCAACAGAUAGCCGCCAAGACGGAAGCGAUCCAGGGCCUUUAUACAACUCUGGAGAACAAGCAACUGCAGAUCAUGCGUUUAGAAAAAAUGGUGAAGCUGAUGGAGGAUCAUCAAGACCGAGCCCAGGCUCAACGCACGCGUUUGGAGAAUCGUAUCGCUCAGUUAGAGUUGGCCCUGCAGAGGAACAAGGAACAGCGGGGUAAGGGCUUCGGCAUCCUGUAAGGAACUUUCUAAUCGCCGCCAACGUAAAUGCCUCCCAUCAAUUUAGAUCCAAUGCGAUUAUUUCGUGUACUUAAUCGUUAAGUCCUUCCGUGAGGAGCAUUCUACGGUUCGCAAGAUUUUUGGUCCAAUAUUCAACACGAUCAGUUGAAUUAAAUUGUUGGUCGACGUUUCAAACAUAAACUGUAUAGCAUCAAUUUUGUAUCGUGGCCUUUUAAGAAAACUUAACGGAUUAGUUAAGCAUCUAA